UUGUCGUGUCUAGCUGGAAGUGUCACUUGAAAUAAGUGUGUUUGCAGUGGGAGGCCUUUCUCUUAUCCUGUAUCUUGUAUGGCUUCUCCCUCUAUCUUUGCCUGUCAUGAUAAAACCGAACAAAGCUUUUACAGGCAGGAAAAUGAUACCACGAAGCUGACCAGUGCUGUGACACUUCAGCGUUGCUGUAAUGCUGCCUCACCAGGGACUAAAAGCCCAGCAGUUGCUGCUUAUUUUUAAUUCUUUUCCCCUCUCUCCCUUUUAGCCUUCUUGCUUUCAUCUGCGGUUCGGCACCAGAGUUCCCAGAGCACGUCACUGCAGCAAGGACUUGUUGCCAAAACUUCUCUGACUUCACCCCCAUGGCCUGAAGUGGAACUUCCAGAUCCAGUAGAAGAAGCGAAGUACCAUGCAGAAGUGGUACAAAAGGUGAACAAGAUGAUCGCAACGGGGCAGUACGGAAGGCUUUUUGCUGUGGUCCACUUUGCCAGCAAGCAGUGGAAAAUAACCAGUGAAGACUUGAUUAUGAUGGACAACGUACUGGAGGCUGAAUGUGGAGACCGAAUCCGGAUGGAAAAGGUUUUGCUGGUUGGUGCUGACGACUUCACGCUUGUCGGAAGGCCGCUCCUGGGGAAAGAUCUCGUCCGCGUGGAGGCUACUGUGAUUGAAAAGACGGAGUCAUGGCCAAAAAUUAACAUGCGCUUUUGGAAGAGGCACAACUAUCAAAGGAAGAAAAUCAUCAUGAACCCACAGACUGUCCUUCGGAUAAACACCAUAGAAAUUUUCCCCUGUUUGUCAUGAUUGAUUGAUCGGCUGUUGUGUGGCUUAGGUUUAUUAUUGCUUUAGACAAUUAUGGAAAUAAAACUGCCUUGUCAUUGGAAAGUUC